AUGCUGUCAAGCGUUCAUGCCUCGGCCAGCCCCCCACUGCUCGCCCUCUCUCUCAGCGUCCGGAGCAGGCGCCCGUCGGGCAGGAAGAAGAGCGGUCGCUCUGCAUCCGAACGAGGCCCUAGCUCCGGCCUCACCCGCACAGAACAACCUCCUUGUGCCACCACGCUCCACGUGAAAGCCCUUCUGCCGGAACGCCGGGGCAGUGCGGCGGUGCUGAUGGCAGAUGGUGCCACGUUGUUGUCGGCUGCCGGUCUUGUGAUAUCAGGCGGCCCCAGAGCCGGCCUGCCCAGGUGUCCGCAACGGCGAGCGCUCUCCUCCAUCAACAAGAAACGGCAGCGGCAGGGGAGCAGCGAGCCGGAUAUGCCGUCUGGCCGGUUGCAUCACAAACAAAGCCCAUCAGGGAUAGAUGAUGAUGCGCAUAAGGCGGUGAACGCUGCCUGA